UUGUCCAUUUGGCCGAGUAGAGAGGUCGCGUUGUGCUGCAAGACGUAGUCCAAGGGCUUGUUUCAAGCUUUCUUGUCUCCGGAGAACAAUACUCGUACUCAAGAAGACCCGGAUCUUUCUCUCGUGCUGUCGGCUCACGAACGAGUAAAAUAUCCUGUAUUAUGGGUAAGCGUAAACACGCAGAUGCCGAGGAGGCCGACUUGGCCAUGGACAUAGUCGUAGCAGCACCGUCCGAGGGAGAGCCGAAGAAGAAGAAAAAGAAGAGCAAGAAGGCGAGAACGUGCGACACGCCCGAGGAAACGACAAUCGCAGACGCAGCGCCAGUGUAUGCUGAGGCCGACUCCACCGAAGGCAGCAAGAAAAAGAAGAAACAGAAGAAGGAGAAGAACGAGAAAGACUCUACCAGCGAGGAGGAAACUAGGGCCGCUGCAGAUGCUGCUACCGUCGAGGACAUGGACGUACCCGAACCGACGGCACCAAAGAAGAAGAAGAAAAAGAGCAAGCACGACACAGCUCAGGAAGUGACUGAAGCAACUUCAGAAGAGACUACAGAGACUGUCGAACAAGACACGGAGGACGCCACGGCCAGCGACAAGAAGAAAAAGAAGAAGAGUAAGAAGACCAAUGUUGACAAGGAGGACGAGGAGCAGACGGAGGCUGCCGAACGUGCCGAGAAAAAGUCCAAAAAGAAGAAGAAGACGAAAAGCAAGGAGCGCGCCAUGGAGGCUGAAUCUGACAGUGAGGAUGCCGGCAAGGAUUGUACGGUGCAAGAGGAGGACAAGACCAGUCACGGCGCACCGGAGAAGGCCGAGGAGCAAGUUCAGGACACAGCAUGGACUGCAGCUGAGUUCGAUGACACUGACCGAAAGGCCAAGUUCCUCAAGCUGAUGGGUGGCCAGAAACUGGCACCUGGCAAACCUGUUCUAUCACUCGGCGGUAAGAAAGCGUUCCGACCAUCCUUGACCGACCGUAUCAACUCCGCGAAAUCGUCAUCAUCGGCGCCGUCGACACUGACGCUGAAGGCUAACCCGAACGCUCCUCAAGUCUCUACCAAGAGCAGCUCCAAGUCAGUCGUGACGCACUUGGACUUGGCCAAGAAGGCGGUCAGCAAAGCGUCCACCGACAAGAUGAACACUGCGCUCGAGGACCAGUUCACCUCCGCGCUGCAUAUGCGGCAGCAGAUCAAGCAAGGCUUUGGCCUCGGCUUCAGCAACAAAAAGUUUGAAAUCGACGCAGGUGCCGUGAGGUCCAAGAAAUUCUGACCUGUGCCCCCAACAGCCGGCCAAGCACUGUUUCUCAACUUUCUCACCGUUGCUAGUGUUCUCCAUCGCACCACGCUGUCUGUUGAGAACCGUAGAGGUAUCUAUGCGAGGAACAUUAACGUAAAUAAUGUUGCUGGAGGCUGGAGGACCGUACAUGCUGGGCUCCGUCAGCGCUGUUUAAGUACCACCAUCCUCGGUUAGAGGUAUGCGUGUGUGUAAAUUACAAACGCACGAUGGUAUUGGUUCCGUCGACAGUUUAGGUCUGCCUUUACCUAGUGUGUUGCGAUGCGUGAGCAAGGCCACGCUUCCGUAUUGCCACCGCCGUACGGCUUGUUUCUCCGUAGCGAUGUGUGCUACAGUUUGUGCCCAUACUAUAGCACUUUAAAAAAACUAGCCUAUCUCUAUCUAUCCGAGUCAUAGGCUAGCUUCUUCUUCCUCAAGCCAGUCAUAUGACCAAGCUGUAGACCAGGAGUUGUUGAAUCUCCUGGAAGGAGUCUGUUUCUCCGUGUUGCGACCGACUGCGUGGCUGGGACCUCUCUCGCGAGUAUGUCCAGUCCGUCCAGCCUAGCCCGUUAGUCUCCAGGUGCUUGCGUAUGUGUGUGCGUGUGUGUGUUUGUACUUCAAUGUUCAUAAUGGCCGUGAACACAUGACUGCUGAUGACGUCGCCAUUUUCCCCCACCGGCUCUGAUCAUUCGACCUGGCACAUGCACUGUGUGACGGGAUCACAUGACCAAACCGGACAGUACCCAAUGCCUAUUUGAGUAACGUUGACUUGGUAUGGCCUUACAGCACUCUGUGGAAGUGGUUUGCUAUGGUUACCGGACGUUCAGGGCAGGCUCUGGUAACACUAGCGGUGGUGCUCAGGAGUGACCUGUGUGACUUUUUUCCCAAAUGCAAUCGGCAAGCCCUGCUCCACGCUUCUUUUAAAUGCAGCCGUUCUUGUUGUGUUGCAGUGUGCGUGCUAGCUGCUCUCUACUCAUGCCAGCUACUCAUAUCAGCAUUGUUUGCUUACUCCACACACACACGCACGGACACAUGUUGCACUCACUGGCAUACACCGACACCAACAAACUAUUCUGCUCGCACCCUUGGACGGGAAGUCCAAUUGGAUUCAGGAGUUUUUUUAUUAUUAUUAUCUCGGAAUCUAUUCAGACGUAACUUCACUUGCCUUCAAGGCCCUUCAUCUCACCAAACGCUGUUGGCUUGGCUGACUACGCAGUGCAUUCGUUCCUUUUUAGAGCGGCUUCUUUCGUGUAGUAUUUUAUCAUUUCAAACAGGCUAGAGAUAUCGGACCAUCGUCGAUCAUUUCGACUCGGUUUAUUUCUAUUGCCCGCCCAUCUGGUGGAAUUGUUUCUAUGACGACCUGGUGGUCAUGGUGUGUA